AUGGCUCAACCCCACAGCACAGCACAGCACAGCACAGCAAUGCCAACCACCACGAUCUCCCCGCGCCUCCUCCCGACGCUCUUCGCCUCGCUCGCCCGCACGCCCACCUGGACCCUCCGCCGCACCCUCCAAAGCGACAACCCCCUCGACCUCCACGGCGACCUCCACGGCGAAGCCUCCUUCCAACCCCUCCCAGCCCCGCCUUUAGCCUCUACACCCACCGAAGACCCCCAACCCCAGACCCAAACCCAAACCCUUUACACCGAAUCCGGCUCCCUCCCCGCAACCCUCGGCCCAAACCUCCGCUGGACGAAGUCCUACAUCUGGCGCCUCGGCCCGGAAGGCCGGAUCAGCGUGUGGUUUGUCAAGGUCACCAAGGACGCAGCCACGCACCCCGAGGCCGAUUACCUGUUCCAUGAGGUGGAGUUUGAGGUGGCGGUUGACGGGGCGGAUGCUGCUGCUGCCGGUGUUGGCGGCAGCAGCAGCAGCGGCACCAACGAGACAUACGUGACGCCUCCCACACCACCCAAACCACCGUCCGAGGCGGAGGCGACGGUGGUUGUCACGGCCAGGGGCAAUCAUCUCUGCAUCAAGGAUAUGUAUCGCACGGCGUAUGCGUUCCGGGUGCGGGCGGAGAGUGGGGAGGUGGUUAGCUGGGCGAGUCGGCAUGUGGUCAAGGGGCCGAAGAAGGAUCAGGAUAUUGUGAAUUUGUAUUCGGUGGGGUAG